AGCGCAUCCAACACUACGACUGUAUGCCUCAUUUCUAUCUCCCAAAUUCCCUUACUCAUGUUCCUGCAUUGUCACCCGAUGACUAUCUUCUUCAUUUAUGUACUAUAAUGGCCACCCAGGUGGAGAUACCCGGCCAAGUUGAAGAUGACAGCACGCAAGAUACACCACCUGGUUUCUUUGGAGGAUCUUAUGAUGUGCGUACACCAGCAUAUCCUACAUUUCGCAUUCACAUCAUUCGCUGCAGUAUCCUCAUUCUUUCUCGCCACGAACCCAGCAGAGCCCAGGACUCCUCAAGAGACUCUUCGCUAUCGCUAGGAGCCCUCGCUCAGCUCUCCCACGACCACAACCCAGGACUGGUCCAGCGACCGAACUCGAGCAGCGUCCAAGGUCGAGUAUCUUCCCUCAUCGAGGUCCUCGCGUUGUCGAAGUUGCUGCAGUACGGGACAAACAGGCACUGUUUGUUGCUCGUCGGCCAGAACGAGACAAGGCAAAACCAGCACAGCAGCCACACCAUCCAGCCCAGUCGACAUCGCAUACUCGGCCGACUGCUGCAUCGAUAUCCACAACGCCUACUACACCUGCUGCUACCCCGACGGGUGCAGCAGGCGCUACGUCUCGUCCCACUGUCAUCAUCGAGAACCCCCCAUGGUGGAUUCGUUUUCUGGUCAUUGUGUGCUGCGCAUCUACUCACCACGCCGUGAAUCAAUCAUAGAGAUACUGCACCGGGAGAGUUAUUUUAUCUUUGCCCUUAGUUACGCCAUUGUAUGUCUCUUGCGCACAAUUAAGUUAUGUCC